GUCGAGAAGAGCAAAACCACCCGAGCGGCAUAUUAUUCCUGGUUCCACCUUCGAAUAUUAUAAUAAUAAAAUUAAUAUUAAUUAAUAUUAAAAUAUUGCACCGGUGGAAUAUUGCACCACCGGUGCAAUAUUGAAUUACUUUUACUUUUACGUUUACGUUUACUUUUAUUUUGAAAGUUAAUUGGAGACAGAAAUAAAUUAUUUUAAUUCUGGAAAAUCAGUAAGGAGAUAGAGAAGCUGAAUGCAUUUGAAAUGUGCGGUCCCAAACUCAAUGAUAUUUCGUCCCGUAUGAAAAGUUGCACGUGCUCGCUCGCUGCUUGGCUGAGUGAUACCAAGCAGGCUUCUUGGAUUGGUCGGGGAGAAUCGACCAAGCCAUGAAGCCUGAUGCCAAGCAAACAAGUUGAAACUUGAUACGAAAUGAGGGCAUUUGUUGAACAUCGGCAAACGAAAAUCGUUCAGCCAUUCGGAGUUUGGCAACUGAAGGGAUUAGUCGAUUUGAAAAGUGCUCCCACAAAAAUUUAAAAAAAAUCAAGUUUUCCUUCUUGAAGCAGUGACGGUUUACGGAUUACGAUGCAGACGGACGAUAGUUCAUCGGUGCCUAUCGACAUGUAAGUAAACCUAGCCCCCUUCUCCUCUCCCUAAACAUAAUUAAUUAAAACAUGCAAUCUUGACCGGUCCCAAGUUUCUUUGUACGUUCGUAACUUAAGGAUUUAAUUAUUUUUGUUAUUAAUAGUGAUCCUGAUGAUAGUGGGCUCGUGUCCGAAGAUGUGGAAUCGAGUGACGAAUAUGUAAUGAGGGUCGAUAGAAGAGGACGGAGAUCGGGAGUAAUUUACUCGGAUUCGGAGGAUGAGGAAGACGAAGACGAUGACGACUUGGACCGGUCCAGCCCGGAUACUCAAUCUGGCUCAUCCAGCGAUAUGACCGCGGACUUGGACCUUCCAGAAAAUUUUCACCUCCGACGAUAUGGAAGGGUAAAUUAGUUAUUAUUUCAUUCUGUACUUUGUCCAAUAUGAAUAAAUGUAAAUAACAAUCAUUUGAACCGGUUCAAUAAUUUGUUUACAUUUUAGCUUUCAUGGAAUCUCCGGGAAUUGCAACGUCGUGAGGAGUUGAUCGAUUGGCUAAAGGAGGUGGAAAAGAAUCCAUCAGCAGGUCGUGAAGCCUUUGAGGAGCGACGCGAGGAGCUUGAGUUGGCAGCAAAUUGGGGACAACAAGACCGGGAGCAUCUGGAGAUUAAUUUUGAUAUAUUUUAUUAGGUUCGCCAGUCAAGGGUUUCUGGAUCCUCAAAGCAAGUGGGAAACGGAAUGUCUAAUCGUCCAACUAUGCGUCGACGAUGAGAACUGGCGUUUCAAAAGCUAGAUCAGACAACAAUGCCAACUAUAGGAAUCCUGAACACCAUCUUCAUGACGUGAUCGAAGACAGCAAGAAAAUAUCAGACGAAGCUAGACCGCCCAUGGACAUAAUAUAUGUAGCAUGUCUAAUUCAUCCGGAUAACAUGGGUGUUGAUUUAUGGGAAACUGUUAAAUCCAUUGAACCGGUUCAAGUUGAAAAUAAGCUUGAAGACUAUGUCGGAAUAUAUAAUGGAAAUAAGGGCCGUUUCGCAAUGAGACCUUCCAAUUUAACAAUAACAGUAAGAAACCAGGAAAUUUACAACAGAACCGUUGGCUGCGAUGACCCAGACUAUUGCGUAGAAAAGAAGGUUAUAUUAUGCAACUCCACCUAUACGAAGGAAAUUGGAGAAGGAUUUCUGAUGGCAUACGGAUUGAAAUUCAACCAAAUCCAUGGAGUCGAGCGCUACAUCAUAACGGAAGCUUCAACCCCACCUGCCGACCUCAUCAAGAAAGCGCAUAAAUAUGCCGUCGAUGGAGUCCCGAUGUUUGAAUUCGUUGAAGAUGAAGAUCUGGACCGGUCCAGCCCACCCCUCUGGGCUACCCUGGACCAAGUGACUACGCUCCCUUACACGAUCUGUAAGAAAGAUCUGAUAAUCCGAUAUGAUCUGAACUUCCCUGAUGACAAGCGUCACUACAAAUCGUUCAAAAAUUUUGAUCGAUUGGUCGAAGAAUUUGGAUAUCCUCCUGAAGAGUAUUUCGUGACCGUUGAUAGUUCUCGAGACCACCUCCGAUAUUAAUUUUAUACAAUGUACACAUUAAUUACAAGUCCACGAAAUGAAUUGUUUAUUAUUAAUUUGUUCUAUUUAGUUAUUUUAACCGAGCAUUUUUAUAGUUUGUUUAUUACCUUCGGAAUGCAUUGUGGACACUGGAAA